AUGUCCAAUUUAAAAAAGAAAGUGUUUGAAUUUAAAUCUUCAAAAUUGUCGACAGUAGCUGAUCAGAUGUGGCAAACAAGUAAAAAUGAAUUUAAAGCCGAACAAACUUCGAUUAAAUUAGAUUUGGGUCGUACACUGGAUGUUGAAAAGAUCACAGACAGUGUAAAUAAUGCCCCAGAUGCGGUCAACUGCGGCAGUUUUAUUUUUGGUUCGAGACUUACUGAACGAGUUAUUGUGGAUUCUGAGGAUUCGAAAAAAAGUAAUAAAGGAGCAGUGAAUAAGAAAGAGAACGAUAAACAAAGCAAAGAUUCGUUACCUAAAAGUGUUUCAGAUGUCUUUCAAGCAAUUAGGCAGAAAUCUCCUAAAGCAUCUUUCUGUUUGCAGGGCGAUAAAGAUGCUUCAACAUCAAAAAAUGGAAAAAAUUUCUCAGAUGAAGCAUUGGAUUACGAUAGCAGUUCGAAAACUGUAUCUUCAAGUGAACCUGUUGAAAUAUUCACUGGUGAAGAAGGUGAAGAAAACGUCUAUAAUGUGACAUGUAAGCUUCAUUCCUUUGAUGCCAAAUUACAAAAAUGGAUCGAACGAGGUAUGGCGACACUUAGGAUAAAUCGGCUGCUUCAAUCUGAUUUAAGUGAAUAUCGAAUAGGUAUUUUUUAUUUGUUAUUUAAUUUUAUCUAUAACUGGGAGAGUAUUGCAUUUAAACUUCCAGUUGGUCGGGGAACUGGAAAUAUGAGGGUACUUCUGAAUUCACGUAUAACGAGUGAUAUGAUGGUCGAAAAAAUCUCUUCAAAACGUAUUAAGUUCUCUGCAACGACUCCAGAUUCCCAUUUGCCAGUGCUUUUUCUUACAACAGCAUCUGAAUUUGUUACCGAACAGUUACUGAGGCAUUUAACAGAAUUUGCUGAGAUAAAAAAAGGAGAUAAAAGGAAGAGGAAAGUUAGCGACAAUGAUCGCGAUGAAGGGGUUAUACAAGCAAAAAAAGCUAUUGCGAAAGAAUAUUAG